AUGAUACGUGAACUUAUCAGUGUUUUUCUCAUUACUGAUUUAAUCAUCAAUCGAGUGUUUAGUGGUGAUGUUUGCGCUAACAAACAAUGCCAAUGCUCUGAUGGUGACACUCUUGUACAUUGUGACUCCAAAGGUUGGAAGAAUUUAGAUGGGAUCGAUUUUCCUUCAAAAGUUAUUACUUUAACACUCAUUCGUAAUCAACUUAAAUUUGAUACAGUAACUGAUCGUGCGAAAAUUGAAAAUCUAUCUCUUUUGAUCGAUUUAAGUAUUAAUCAAAAUAUACUUGGAACUAUUCCACCAUUUAAUCAAGCAAAAAUUCGUUUCCUUUCCUUACAAGAUAAUUCGUUAGUGUCUGCUGAAUUUCCUUCCUCGUAUAGUAGCUCACUUUUAAAAACAAUUUCACUUAGCAAUAAUAAAAUUCGCUCGAUCAAUGUAGAAGAUUUUCUCAGUUUACGCGAUUCUCAACUAACUAAAUUAAGUAUAGAUAGUUCAAGUAUUUCUAAGAUCGAUCAAAAUUCUUUUGUUCAAUUAAAAAAACUUCAAGCAUUAUCUCUGAAAAAUAAUCAAUUAAAAUCUUGUGAAUUUUUAUCAAAUUUACCUUCACUCUCCUCCAUUAAACUUGAUGGUAAUCAAUUUACUUCGCUUCCCCAACAAUUAGCAACGCAAGAAAAAAUCAAAAUCUUUUCAUUCAAACAUAAUUUAAUAUCAAUUAUUGAUGAAUUAUCGCCUUUAUCUCGAUGGUCUAAAAUAAAUACUACAAAUGUUCAAGUUUUUUUAGCUAAUAAUACAUUUGAUUGUUGCCUAUCUUUAUGGUUUAUUCGUUUUCUAAAAACAUCUCCUCAAUUCGUCCCAGAUGCGUCACUAUUAACAUGUGCUACUCCAUUAAGUUUUAAAGGAAAACUAUUAAUUAAACUCAAUCCAGAUGACAUGAAUUGUGGUAGUGAUAUACCGAGUAAAUCGUGGUGGACAAUCGGUCGAAUUAUUGGUAUUGCUAUUGGGCCUGCUUGUCUAUUAAUACUUGGUGUAGCUAUGAUUACUAUGGUAUAUAUUUAUAAUCGACGAUAUCCAUCACGUUCAGGUUACAUACCUAUCAGUGAACACGAUGAUUUAUAUUCUAAUACAAAUUCGUUGUUUUCUGAAAGACUCACAAUACCAAUAGGAGAAGAUGAUGAUCAAUUGUUAACUCAUAACGGUUUCGGUAGUGGAAGAAGCCUCGCUCAGUCAGAUGUAUUAACACAAGCGACAACAGAAGGAAUUUAUGCAACUGAUGGUAGUGUCGCUGGGGAUUCUCAUAUACAGGAAGCGGUUUCAAUACCGCGUUCUGAUUAG